UUAAUCGGGUCACUAACUCGGCAGCCCAGUCUAAAAAUGGAUCCUGUUUCUGUCAUUUUCGGUCAAUAUUUCGCUGAAUUGAUAGAGUGACGGAUAUGGAACACAACACAAACCCAUCAUGGAUGAGGAGAAAUCGUCACCGUCGAGUCAAUUUGAACAAGAAACAUCAAGGGGGUUGCAGAUAGUGGACAGCACAACCUCAUCAGUUUUCCAAUUGCCUCCUGGUUGGUCUGUCAAAGAAUGUCACCGUAUUAACUCUCCGAGCAACCCCGGCCGUAUCGACAAGUAUUACUACCAGCCUGAGUCUGGACGACGGUUUCGUUCCCUGAUAUCCAUUCAGAAAUAUCUGAGCAGGGAUACAGAAGACACAAUUAUGCCUAAGAGAAUGAAGUCUGACAAUAAAAAUUAUAUGCAAAUCGUACCCUUCAACACCAAGAGUGGCUCAUCGUAUGGACUGCCCGAUAAUUGGGUUGUUCAGGAAAGGCCUCGUAUUAGAGGCAGAAUCAUUGACAAGUAUUACAUUGAGACAGGGACUGGACUGUGUCUCCGUUCUCGGAUAGCUGUUGAGAGAUACCUUGCAGCAGGGAAAGAAGUUCCAUCCACAAGCAAUGCAAAAUCAGAUGAUCAAUUAACUGUGUGUUUGAUGAAUGAAGAUAUCUCUGAUGAGAACCAAUCCCUGAGCAUCAUAAUGAAACACCUUAGAGAGGCAGGAAAGCUUAAAUCUACACCAAUGUGUCUAAAACCAGACAGUCCAGCACCUUCAAAGAAUUCUAGCUUUGAGGAGAAACAUAGUUCUGACGCAGCAGUUAAUCCUUCAACACUUGAUUUUUCCAGCCUACCAGCAAAAGUGAAAUGGGUUCUUGGUGGCCCUGUAGGAAAUAUGUGGAAUCCUUUUGUGGGUGAAUCUGUGGUCCCAGAAUCUGUGAAGCAAGAAUGGUUUGAGACAUUUGUAGACUCUAUACAGUUACAGGCUACUGAUAAUGGAGGCGCCUGAAUUUAAGGCUGCCCUUUUUGGAGGUUCAGGUGAGGCCGGGUUCCAAGUUAACAUUAGUUGUGAAGCAGCCUGUAAAAUUGUUGAUAAAGUCUUCAACCUGGCAAAGUUACAAAUUGGAGGUGUAGGUGCAACCUUUUGUUGGUUUCCAUAUCAAUGUUUAGACAUGGAAUUAUAUAUGAAACUUGAUGAAGGCGUUUCAUGUUGCACCA